AUUCGAGAUUUGAUACCAAAACAAAACGAAUUUUGUGUUUUUUUGUUGAAAUAUCAUGAAAGAUUUCAAAGAAAUGAGUACGAUUCAAAUCAAAGACCGUGGAAAUGCUCAUUUUGCGAAAAAGCAGUACGAACUAGCCAUCGAUUGCUAUAGUAAAGCGAUUGUAAGUAACCGAACGUCAUGCUUGAAAAAACCUGUUUAUUUACGUUUUGUUUAUGAUUUGCUGACGCUAUUAGUGUGGUUUUAAUGACUCGAUACUUGCUGUUAUUAAGUGUCGUCAUAAUAGUUUAGAUGGAUAUAGUUUAAAACCUUAGUACAGGCCAGCAGAACUCAGAUGGUUGUCAAACUUCUGUUUUAUAUAUUUAAAGCUGCAAUACACCCAACCAAUUAUUUUACUCCGUCUAAUGCCAGACGAUUUUAUUCGUCAAGGGAACAGAUUGACCACCAUCUGCUGCACAUAGUGCUUAGUGAAAUUCAACCCACCAAUAUUCACAGCUUUCAGAAUUAUCUGGGCAAUCUAGGGAGUCGUCGAUCGAACAUCAAGUCAUCCAAAAUUAACUGGUGCAUAUUGAUUAGAUAGCAACACAAGCACACAACUGAGCUCAAUCUGGAACCAAAUUAUAACGUAAAGCUUAGAGUAGAGGAAGGAGAGCAGAAUUGAUAUUUCAUGUACUAUUUCUAGUUAAUUAGGGCACUAAGAGCCUGUUUAUAUGGAAGGGAGUUACCCAGCAAGACGAGUUACUUGGCCAGGUGGAACAAACAGGCGUUCUGUUUAUAUGGAAUCGAGUUACUCAGCAUUUGCUGUAUGAUUGCCGAAGUGGUGCCAAAACACAAAAAGGAUUUAAGUCGUCUGAAACGUUAAAAAAAAAUUACAGAAUGUCGGCAAAAUACAAUAAUAAGCACCGAGAAAUGCAGCAGCGAUUAUAUUUCAAAUGCAAAGCACAUUACAUUUAAUCUCGGGCGGCCGAGUUACACAGAGUGAAAUAAUAAAUCAGCAUACAUUAGAGCACAUUCCAGUUUAAUGAGUUAACAUAAGAAAUUACUAGUUAAUAGUUAUCAACUUAUCAAGGAAUACUGGAAUGAAGUCCUCUCAGAGGUAUUAAAAGGCACAUGCUAAUAAUUAUAUUUUAAAGACCAAGAAUCCCAACAUGGCAACACUGUUCACAAAUCGAGCGCUGUGUUACUUGAAGUUGAAAAAGUGGGAUCAGGCAUCGAGUGAUUGCAGACAUGCGCUGGAACUGGAUAACAAUAUUGUCAAAGGAUAUUACUUCCUUGGCCAGGCGUUACUUGAACAACAGUUGUAUGACGAGAGUAUUACAUAUUUGCAAAAAGGUGAGAAGGUUGGUUUUAACAGGGGGUGUAGUAUCGCAUUUGCCAACAACAAAAUUGGGGGGGGGGGGAGCUAAAAAAUGUUUCCUUGCAUACCAUUUUUCACUAACUUUCGAAUUAAUGUACCGUAAUUGGUUAAAUUGUUUGGUAAUAUUUUCGUAAAUUUAUCAAAUUCUUUGCUAUAACUAUUACUUUUUAAUCCAAGCCUCUCAAAUAUUUUCGCUAACCACGAAACAAUUUGCCAAUAAAUCGUUAUUUUGCUGACAAGAUGUUUUCGGGGGUGUCACACCCCAUACACCCCCCCCCCAUAGUGAUUCCCCUGCAUACAUACCUUUUACAAUAUAUGUGAAAUUUACUCAUUUUAUCGUGAUGCGUUUUGUAUGAGUUUGUAGAAUACUCAGAGAAUUCAGGUUGAGAGGUGUACUGUACCUGAUUUUCAGUUAAAUUAUACCAGCAUUGCAUGACAGGCAAAUGUGGUAGUGAAAUUUCAGCAAAACCCUUCCAUUAUAAUCAGACUAUCAUGAGAGCAUUUUUUUCCUUUUCUUGAAGCGCUGGACACAUCCAAAGAACAGAAACGAAGCUUUGGCGAUGAUAUCACGUUUUCUCUUAGACAGGCACAGAAAAAGGUACACAUACAAUACCACUGACCAUGAAAUGCCUCUACCUUUGUUCAUUUUGCCAAAUGCAAUCUUCAUAUUAAACCUUAAUUUAAAAGCCACAAUGGACAACUUGCAUGUUAGACUAAAUUUUAAUCUAAGAAACGAGAAGGGAAUCAAACACCACAGUUAAAAAGAACAUAAUGAAAUUAGUAAAACUGCAAAAUUUGGUUGCGAAAUGUUGUAAAAUACAGAAAAUAUAGCCUUGCGAAGUUUGCGUAUUUUCAGCAUAUUUGUAUUACGUGCGGAAAUUGUUACCAUUUUCGGGUCAAAAAUGGUAACAAUUUCCGCACGUAAUACAAACCACGGUUAAUCUAUUAACCGUGUACAAACAUACUGAAAAUGUGUAAACUUCGCAAGGCUAUAUUUUCCGUAUUUUACAACAUUUCGUAACCAAAUUUUGCAAUUUUACUGAUUUUAAUAAGUUCUUUACGGGAAUUUACUUUUUUUGACUAAAUCAAAAAUUAGUCUAACAUGCAAGUUGUCUAUUGGAUUGACUGAUAAUUCAAAUUUGUAUUCCCACCAAUAUUAGGCUAAUUUACAUUUUUCGGGACGCCCUGUAUAUUGCGCCAUUUAGAGGUUUCAAAUACAAGAGAAGAGAAGAAUUCAACAAGAAAUUGGACUACAGACAUACCUUACUAAUCUAAUUACACAAGACGUGGAAAGGUACAAAAUAUGCACACUAUUUAGUACUAUUUAAUUUAAACAGGAGCAGAGUGCAUUAUCAGAUAUAAAACACGAUCGAGGCGACAGUCGAGUGUCCAAAAUCUGAUAAAGCAGAUUGGUUGUGUUUUAAAUGGUUCAAAAAACGACCCAUCUUAUGAGCAGGCUUUUAGCCAGGAUCCUAAAAGAGGGCGUCCAAUUUUGGUACAACGAUACAUCUACAGUAAGGGGGGGGUUCGAGAAAACGUUCCUCUGAAAACCUUUGAAGUUUACGUUACUUCAUAUCAGUAUCUAUUCCAAGCUCAUUCAAAAAUUUUCAAACACACUUGGCUUUGUGAGUACUGAGUUUGUGCCGCUAUGCUUCUUUACUUAACUAUGACAUUUUCAUUCAGUCAGGUACACCAUCAAAUUCAUGAUGAAAAUGUCAAAUUAAUGUAUAAUAAUAAUGAGAAUUGAAGCUAUUUUGUCAGAUAUAUUAAACUUAGGGAAAUCAUUGAAAAUAAUUUCCCUUUUUCUCCAGAAUUUAGGCGUCCAAAGGCGUCCAUUUUUUGUUCUAUGCUUCUGGCUAAAAGCCUGCUUAUGAGUUCAUUGGUGAAGUAAUUUUAAAAAUCAUCGUUGGAGACAAUCAAAGCACAGUUUUCUAAAAAGUAUUCAUUCGGCAACUUGAAACUAGGAGUUAGAAAAAGGGGCACAAUUUCAUCCAACAUUCCUUAGCGCCAUCUCUUCCCAUAAUUUAGAAAAUCGUCCGCACUCAAGAGCUCAUCGGAAGAAGAAAAUCAAAGUGAAAAAGACAGAAUACAAGCUGAGGGGGUGAGUAACAUGAUCCCGACUUUGAUUGCGUUCAAAAUGACAGAAAAAAACAACUUGAGCCUUGCAGGUAUGCUUGACUAUCUUAAGCUUUACUAUUUACAUUGAUGUAUAGGAAAAACAUAUUGCCAAAGUCAACGAACUGUUUGCAAACGUGGAUGAAAGGAGGAAGGUUUGUAUGGGCAGAAAUUACUACUGUUUGGCUGAAGACGGUCACAUCAUCUACCAUAUGUAUCCAGAAUUUUAUUGAUUCUUCUAAUAUUUUCAUUACAUUUCAGCAACGUGAAGUUCCAGAUUAUUUAUGUGGAAAGAUUAGUUUCGAAAUAAUGAAAGAUCCUGUUAUCACGCCUAGUGGGAUAACGUAUCUUUUCUGAAUGACUUUAUAUGAUCGAUGUUGUUGAAGUUGUGACUGUUGGGGUAAUAAUAGAAGAGGCAAAGGCAAGCCUCGGAGGUUACAGUAAAACUUUGUGGGGAGGUGUGCACCUCCCCUGAGUUCGUUUUACACCUCCCCUGAGUUCGUUUUACACCUCCCCUGAGAAUUUUUGCACCUCCCCUUGGGAAAGUUUCAAUGAUAGAUCAAAGUAAAAUUUGACAAUUUUUUUAGUUGCUUACGGUCUACACUUCGUAAGAAAGUUUUUCUGUAAAACUGAAACAGUGAUAGCCAUUCAUCUCUGUGUCAAGUACUGUACCCUUUUAAUGCAAUAUUUUGAAAGAAACUUUGUAGCAAUUGUAAUGAAGGGCAAAAUUGGACGAGUUGUACAGUCAUAGUUCAUUAAUACACUGAUACAUAUGUACACUACAUGCAUACGUCACGUCGUUGACUUUGGCUCGUUCUACGGUAAGAACUAACUUUCCAUGGGGGUCGUGAGCUAGACCGCUGCACCUCCCCUAAAUUUUUUCCAUCUCCCCCACUAUUUCCACCAAAAUCCAACCUUGGUGCAAGCAUGCAUUGGUGCAAGGUUGAACAUUCCAAAUUUCUGUUGGGCGUCUCGCUCGAUAGGAUGGAAGAUUUUUUGUGGAUGAAAACUGUGAGACAUACCAACCUCCUCCAGGGUAUCAACCUGCAACAGUUUGAAUACCCUGGAGCAGGUUGCUAUGAGUCACUUAUACUUCAGCUUGCAAAGUUUGUCAAUGUUGUAUAUUCAUUUCCACUGUUCAUAUCACAUUUCUCCAUGUUUCGUAUCAAUUGCUUAUCAAUUAUAUUCCUAUACAGAUAACAUACCAUAUUAGCACCAGAAACUUUGUAGGAAACUUUUCGAGACGGCUGUGUCCAACUCAGAUCACAAGCUUCAUCAUGUGUUAGCGCCCAGAAAUAUUCCACUACAUUACCUAAGAAAACAGCGUUCCUAAAGUGAAAACUAUAAUCUAUUAUACAUAUUCUACAAAAAUGCAACUAUAUAUGUGCCAUCUGGCAGGCACCAAGUCUAUUAUAAAGGCCGAAAGGCGAUGCCUCAGCACAUAUAGUAUGUACAUUUCCUUAACGCUGAUGUUAGAUAUGAUCGUAAAGAUAUAGAGGAACACUUGCAGGUUUGUGCUAUAUACUCUACUAGUUUAUGUAUAUAUAUGUAUGGUAUUAAAUAAUGUAUAAGGAAAACAAAGGCAUUACACUUUGGCAUAAGUAAACAUUUGACAUCGAAGGUAGAAAGAAUACAUUUACUAUCAAUCUUUGAAUGUGCAAAUCCAAGUAUUGGCUCUAAUAAUAUAUGCAAGAGAUUACAACUAUUCACAUGUUAUCAACAUCAACUUUGGGCAACUGAGCUUUGAGAUCACCACCCCACCACGUACAUUUUUUAAAGUUGUAUAAUUUUCUUGCAUUUCUAGAGAGUGGGACAUUUUGAUCCAGUAACGAGGACAGAAUUGAAACAAGGACAGUUAAUACCGAACUUAGCAAUGAAAGAGGUUGUUGAUACUUUUGUGAGCGAAAAUGAAUGGGUGGUCAUGGAAUAUUGAUACUUUUUUGACGUCAUAAUGAUGUCAUCUGGUGACGUCAUUAAUGACAUCAUCAAGUUAUGUCAUCAUGUGAUGUCAUUAUCCGAAGUCGUCAUAGUUGGGUGAACAAUAGAUAUUUUGUCUUGGAAUAUAAAAGUCUCAUUUUAUGACGUCAACGUGUGAAACAUAACGUCGUAACAUUGUCUUACUGCAUGACAUCAUUAUGCAUUAAUUAAAACAUUGCGUGUGAUGAAGAACAUUGUUUGAAUAAUCUUUUGGAAUGUUGAAGUUGUUCAUAACAUAUGUAUAUCAUUACAAUGAUGUCAUGAUGUGACAAUGUCAUACAUUACGUAUUAAAAUUUACAGCAGAUUGAUACGAAAGUUGGAUUUCAAAUGUUGGGCCACAGUAUGAUUGGUUUCGACAACCACCUACAAUCGAUUUGUUUUGUGCUUUCUGAAAGUUUUGGCACCCAAAAAAGAGUGAAAUCAAUGUGUGUGUAAACAUUAAGUACAGUAAGAGUGAAAACUGUUGUUCCAUGUAAAUAUAGUAUAUGUAACCAAUGUGUUUUUUAUAAAAUCAGCAACUAUUUAAUGUUGUCCAACAUUACUGUAUUUAAGAGAGAUGUGACCAAUCUCUCGUUGUAAGGCUCCGUUCCCACCAGUGGCGAAGCCAGCCCGACAAUUUGGUCAUGCUAUGCAAAGAUUUCCGUGUUCAUAGACCGUGAAAACAACAAUUUCUAAGAAAUCGAUGAUUUAAAAUUUGCAUAGCAUGAUCAAAUUGUCGGGCUGGCUUCGCCACUGGUUCCCACAGGACUUUAUUAUUAAAAUUGGUUGAAAUAUGGGUAUAAAAUAUCUUGCACUUACCCAAGGUUAAGUACUCGGGCAGACACAAAGGCUGCAAUUUUAGGUAUACUGUUAUAUCGAGUAUAUUGUUAUUCUGGUAAC